AUGUUGUCGGUGGGGUAUACGGAGCUUGUGGCGGUGGCGCGGAGCAAAACCACCGUGAAGCAGGAGGGGUGCGACGCGGCGGUGGCGCGGAGCAAAACCACCGUGAAGCAGGAGGGGUGCGACGCGGCGGUGGCGCGGAGCAAAACCACCGUGAAGCAGGAGGGGUGCGACGCGGCGGUGGCGCGGAGCAAAACCACCGUGAAGCAGGAGGGAUGCGACGCGGCGGUGGCGCGGAGCAAAGCCACCGUGAAGCAGGAGGGGUGCGACGCGGCGGUGGUGGAUGGAGAAGAGGUGGGGUCGAGGAGGAAAUACGCGGGGGAGGUGGAGGAGCGCAAGCCGGUGGUGGGGCUGAAGGUCAAGGCAGAGACAGGGAAGCGGUCCGCUGCGGAUGGGGAGAAAUCGUUUGCGGCGGCGGCGGCUGUGGUGGGGAGAUACGCGGCGGGGCUCAAGAACAAGGCGGUGCCGGGGGAUACAUCCACGGCCGGGGGAGGAGCCCGAAGCGGCGGCGGAUUUGGACGCCGAAGCGGCGAUGAGGAGUCGGGGAUCGAUCUCGAGGCGCGAGGCCAUAUCAGCGGCGAGGGAUCAGCGGCGGGAGCAGAUCGCGGGGGCAGAAUCAAUCGCCCUUUCGCCGGGAUGCGUUUCAUACUUCACGGAUUCCCACACCUUCUAAAAGAACAGAGCAAAAGGAAAAUUGAAGUACUAGGAGGCUUCGUACUGCAAUCAAUAGACUAUGACAUCUGCACUCAUGUUGCUAUGGCGGGAGACUAUUCGGAGGGAGCUGUUCUGAUAUGGAACGGUGAAGGCAAGAAGGUGGUUAACAUCCAAUGGAUUGACGACUGCUAUAUAAAAGGAAUAAAGAUCCCAGAAAAUGAUGCACCUGCUAUUCAAGCUCUAAUCAAGACUCCAGCAACAAGUCAAGGUGCAAGGGACACUAUCGUAUCAACAAGCAAAAAAUUAAGACCAUGUUAUGGUUACCAAAGAAGAUCUGUAAGAAGGAAACUUGAGUAUGACAGGGCAUUUGAAGAAAAGGCAUACCAUCUAAACCAUAAUCUUUUCGUCUGCAAAAUGGAUGAAACAAUGUAUACCAGCCUGAGGAACUACUGCAAGUUCAAUAAGGACAGGUUAAUUCUUCAAACCAUAACACCUCAAGUCAAGUCGCCACCGGAACAGAUUCCAUGGACAAAUCCACUAGAACCGAAGGAAGGAGCAAGCACAUCAACUGAAGAAGAAGAGAAGAAUAUGUGUAGACAUAUUUCUUACACAACGUCAAAUGAAGUGAAAUGCAAGAUCAGGAACGCAUAUGUACUACUCAAGAAUUUUCACUGGGCUGGACUGACAUUUGGUGGCCAUUUUACAUCGGAAAAUUUUCUAAUGGAUACCUGUGGUAACAUGAGAUUUGGUAAUCUGUCAAAGGGAGUGAUUAACAAGCUUGAGGAUGGUGACAUUGAAAAGGAUACAGAUAGAUUUGUGAAGAUGACUCGCGAGGAGGUAUUUGUUUCGGUCACCACUUUGCCUUUGGACAUUAUACAGUGGAUUGAGCUGAUUGAUCGUUGUGCCAGAGGUUAUGACAGUUUAGCAGAGGACUAUAUCACUUUGAAGGAUGGAUAUAGAUCAGCUGCCCACUUCAUGUCUCUCCAUAACAUGUUUGAGAAAAUGGAGACAACAGAUAAUCCAACGUACGAGAAAAUUAAGACCAAACUCAGUAAAUACACCAAAUGGAAGAAGGGUGUUGAAGCUCCAGAUGGAAAUACGCAUUUGAAGGAAACACUUGAUUUCAUUGAUCCUGCCACAGGAAGGAAAGCUUAUUAUUCUGAUGACAUUUGUGGCCUUCUUAAACUUCUCAGAAACAUCAGGCAGCACAGUGCAAGAGCAAAAGAGGAUGUAUUUGUACUUAUAGUUGCACAGAAUUUUCCAAGACUCAUGGGCGAUUUCCAGAAGGUGAUGUUUAAGCAAGGAUAUACGCUAAAGUCAAUUCACUAAAAGCCACACAGAUUCUGGAAUCCAAAAGGUUGACCACGAAGACAGCAGACAUUUACAAGUGACAUUGAAAGAACUCAACUGAUCAUUUCCCUGACAACACUCUGUUCAUAUACGCGAAUUGAAGCCCUGCACAAUUCAGCUUAUUCAGGGCAGACACUGAAACACCUUUUUCAGUCACUUAAGGCCAGUCUGUACAGAAGGAUCGUGAUGGUAUUCAUGAUUCCUUAGGUGGUGUUUGGUUGGAGGGACUAAACUGGGGCUAAACUUUAGUACCUCUCACAAAAACAUAAAUCCCUAUGAGAAGGACUUAUGUUUUUUUUAGAGAGGGGCUAAUAGCCCCUCUCUCCCGAACACCCCCUUACUAUGACCAAACUCUCUACUCAUUUGUCUGUGAAUUUGUGCGCAUGUGCCACAGCCAUUCUUACCAGUUCAACUUUAUUGUUGUUCUCUUAUGUACAAGUAUAUUGAAAGUGGAGCUUAUCACAACCUGGAAGCCUUUUGCAUGUUCAUGAACCGAUUUUGC